AUGCCUGCGAGCCCAUUCCUCCUUUCCGAUUUACUAUUUCGCGCGGCGCGUUUUGUGCUGAUCGAGCAACGGGCCCCGGCUCACCCGCGCCAAAACAAGCUGCUCGGCGCAGAAGCGACCGCCGCGCCGGUUGCGCCCUUAAGCUUUCCUUUUCCUCACUCCUCCUCACACUCCGACGCUGGUCGACGCCUCACGCCGCCGGCCAUCGCCAGAAAGAGUAUUCCGACGGAACGUGCUGCUGUGCUGUGCUGUGAUGCAUACACCGCACGCGAAAAGGUGUGUGCCGUCAACGCAGGUCGGGGCGCCAUGCCUCCCAUCGCCAGAACAUUAUUUCCGAUCGAACGAACUCUCGGUCUAAAGGCAACACGCAUAUUAAAGCGGCAAUCCUUCAGCACGCACCCCACCUCCUGA